AUGAGCAAAUCCUCGACGGCUUCUGCACCAAAGAUUCCGACCCAGCUACCGUCAAAGUCAGCUUGGUCAAGGGGCCCGCCCCAAACUACUGCUACUUCACGUUCGCAAUCCCCCGCACCGAACGCAUCCAGCCCUGCCCCCUCGGUGACAAAUCCAUCUCAUUCCAGACGGCCAAGUACGCUAGGUCAAGGUGUUUCGUUCAAAGAUGGUGUUGCUGGCGCACGAACUCCCACCAACACAGCAAAAUCAGGCUCGUCGGUGACUUUCGGCUCCAUUGAUGAUGCAGCCGCCCCAAUCUCUUCCUCUCCCGCCGCCGUUCCCGCAAUCAAGUCUGAAGGUGUGAAGACGUUUGGCUCGGUUCCCGCAGUAUCCUCGCCGGUACCCAACGGGAAGCCAUCCACUUCCUCUCCUUCCUCGUCUGCAUCGUCUCGGCCUGCAUCCUCUGGACAUGCUCCCAAAACACUAGACAAAGUCGACGUUAAAAAGCUAUUUCAGGGUAGCGGCGGCGGCGCCCCGCAAUCGCCCGUCGACGUAACAUCUCCUUCGCAUCGCUCUUCCCCCCUUCCCCAGCCGUCACCACAGCCGUCGCAUUCGCAUAUCCAUCCGCACCCUCAUCCCCCGCACCAAUCACCCCCCUCGCAACUCGGUCAUGGUUACACGCCCUUCGUACCCCGUCCCCCGCAAAAUGGUGUACCAUCUGCUGUCGGUGCUCCACGGUCACCUGUUUAUCCCCGAUCAAUGCCCAAUGGCAACGUGAAUGGCCGCCCAAAUGGUGCCCCCGGGAUGCCAGGAACGCCUGUACCAAUGGCUGCGGGUCUUCCUAGCGCCGGCCUGCCCAGUGCGGGGAUGCCCAGUGCUGGUAUGUCGAGCCCUCGAAUGGGACCGCCUGGCCAGAUGGCUCCGCCUCCGAUGCAGGUAUCUCAGUGGGGCUACUAUUAUCCUUAUCCUACCAUGCCACCGGACUACAUGCCGUACCCUCCGCAGUGGAUUCCUCAACCUAUGCCACCACAGCACCAACACCACCCGGUACAGGGUGGUCCCUCGCCUCAUGGCGCCAUGCCUAUCUCACCCCGGAAUCCCCCGCCCCCCCUUCACGGGCCAGGCACGCCGACACUUACGCCAGCAAUUCCGACGACAUCUCAUGCACCACAUGCGGGCGCGUCGCCAUCGCCACACACACACACAACAAGUCUUAACAGCGUGUCAUCGCCUCCGCCAACGCCCUCCACCGCUUCUCGCUCCGGCCCGACGCUGAACACGAAUGCUAGCGCGUUCGUUCCGCGGAAAGGUAACGUUAUCUCGCUCAAGACCCCGACUGGGAUGGAGCUCGAUUUCGAGAGCUUUAAGAAGCAGGGUGUCUUACCUUCGCCUACAGUUCCCACUUCACCUGCGAAGAAAGUGGUACGGAUGGAGACACCCGAGGCGAAAGAGAAGCGGCUUGCGGAGGAGCGCGCACGGAUGGAGGCGGAUGAGAAGGCGAAGCGGGAUAAGGAGGAGCAGGAGGAGAAACAGCGGGAAGAGGAGUUGCGCAAGAAGCUGGAGGUUGAGCGGCAGCGCAGGGAAGAAGAGGAGAAGGAGCUGGCGCGUAAGGAGGAGGAAGAGCGGGCGCGGAAAGAGGAGGAAGAGGAGAAGAAGCGAGCGAAAGAGGAGAGCGAGCGAGUCAAGAAAGAGGAGAACGAGCGUGCGAAGAAGAAGGAGGAGGACCGGAUACGAAGGGAGGAAGAGGAGAAGGAACGGGCGAAGAAGGAAGAGGAGGAGCGGGCUGUGAGGGAGGCUGAAGAGAAGGCAAAGCAAGCGGAGGCAAGCGUCGAACAACCUUCAGCGGAGGCGGAGGAUGGCGAAGUCGAGGAAAAGGAGGAGACAAAGGAGGAGACAAAGGAGUCCGAAGAGUUGGACGAAGCCACUCAAGAGGAAGCCAAGGACAAAGUGCUGAACAAAAACAUUUUGCGCAUUGACACCGCUGUGCCCAAUCCUGAAAUACCACGGAAGCGGCCUGGCCCUCUCGACCUCUCUUCCACACGAAGCCAGUCUAUCCCUCAACCUCUUCCUUCAGCCCUGGCUACUGCACGCGUCAUCGAAGACCUCGGCACCAUUGCCUAUCCUGAAGGCAUCAAAAGCCCGAAGGUCGAGCUCAACGUCAACGCGAAGCACGGCAAAUUCAGAUACGACCGAGAGUUCCUUAUGCAGUUCAUGGCAAUCUGUAAGGAGAAACCAGACUCUUUGCCUCCCUUGAAUACCAUUGGUCUGGAAUCAGUCGAGCAAUCAUUCCCCAUGAGUCGCGGUGGCUCCGGCCGCCGAUCCUCUUCCGCCAGCAUGCCACCCCCACCUUCUACUAGCACUCGUCAAGCCAGCGUCGGUCUUGGCAUCUCUGGGUUCAAGCCAGGUUCAGGUGGCUUCAACAUGGGCCAGUUCUCCACGAAGAUGACGAGUGACGAGCGCUUUGCCAUGUCGAGUACGCGGUCCACCUCAAUGUCUGGUACUUCGGGUAUGCCCUUUGGUCGCCCAUCACCGAUGGUGCGUACUUCAAGUCAGGGUGGUCCAGGUGGCGUUCCGAUGGGCAACAAUCGGACACGGAGCAAGCGUGGCGACAAGCGCCCAGAUGCGAACAAAAUGGCUGGGUCGUCGAGCCAUGGUUCGUCGUACGCAUCAUCUAUGGCAAUGCAGGCCGGCAUGUCGCUUGAGCCUGUUGCUCCUCUAGAGGCUACGGCGGGUCGCUGGCAAGCUUCUAGUGUCAGCAAGAAGCCGCAGCAAGAGACCGAUUCCGUGGACGUCGUUGACCGUAAGGUUCGCGGGCUACUCAAUAAGCUCACCAUGGAGCGCUUCGACUCAAUCUCCGACCAAAUCAUCGCCUGGGCCAACAGGUCCGAGAUGGAGAAGGAUGGGCGCACGCUCAUCCAGGUGAUUCGCCUUGUCUUCGAGAAGGCCACUGACGAGGCGACGUGGUCCGAGAUGUACGCCCGUUUGUGUCGCAAGAUGAUGGAGCAGAUCAGCUCCAAGGUUCAGGACGAGGGCAUCAAGACCAACGAGGGCAAGCCUAUCGCUGGUGGACAGCUAUUCCGGAAAUACCUGCUCAAUCGCUGUCAAGAGGACUUCGAGCGUGGUUGGGUCGCCAAGGAGACGACGGCUGCUGCUGCCGCGACCAAGGCUACCGAGGACCAGGCCGCCAAGGCAGCCGCGGAGAAGAACAACACUACGGACGACAGCGAUCUCUAUUCUGAGGAGUACUAUGCUGCACAGAAGGCGAAGCGUCAGGGUCUUGGUCUCAUCAAGUUCAUCGGAGAGCUCUUCAAGCUGCAGAUGCUGACGGAGCGCAUCAUGCACGAGUGCGUCAAGAAGCUGUUGGGUAACGUCGAGAACCCUGAGGAGGAAGAGAUUGAGAGCUUGUGCAAGCUCUUGUCCACCGUCGGUCAGAUCCUCGACACGGCGAAAGCCCGCCAGCAUAUGGACGUCUACUUCUCGCGUAUGAAAGAGCUGUGCAAGAGCCCCAACGUCAAUUCGCGUAUGCAGUUCAUGUUGCAGGAUGUCAUUGAGCUGCGGGAACGCAAGUGGAUCCCACGGAACGCUGUCGCCGCUCCCAGUACCAUUGCUGCCGUACACGAAGCUGCUGCAAAGGAGAAGGCGCACGAUAAGGAUUACCAGCGUCUCAGCAUGUCGAGAGGUGGUUCACGUCGUGGAGGCGAGCGCGGUGAUCAUACUUCAGUUGGUCCUGAUGGUUGGGCCGUCGCUGGAGGAAACGUACCGCGACCUCCUCCCAAGGCCGGCGAUCUUUCCAACUUUGGGAAGAUCAGCAAGGCACAGCCUAUGACUUUUGGCCCGAGCAGUGUCUUCACCAAAGAGAAGCCCAAGAGCCGGGAAUCUACCAUGUCUCGCGCAGGUUCCAGUAACAUGUUUUCGAUGCUCAGCGGUAACCCGGAGCUUGCGGCAGAGGUCGCAGCGACGUCGAAGUCGAGCAGGCCACCAAGCCGGAAACCUAGUGUCGAUCUUGGAACGUCUGGAGUGCCGGAGGCUCCGAUGCAGCGCAAGAGGCUCAACCUCCUGCCCCGUACGCUACCAAAACCCGACGAAGGCAGAGCAGACUCGACACCAGCGGCGUCGGAGGCUGGAUCAGAGGACGAGGGAGCUGAGACGCAUACGCCGUCAAUGUCUGAGCAGGAAGCCAAUGCCCGGAUCAAAGAAGACUCGAAGGAGUUCUUCAGUGUCCGGGAUUUGGGCGAAGCCGAGGUCUACUUCACCAAGCUCCCUUCAGAACACAGGUGGCGACUUGUCGACAAACUAGUGUCGUUAGCCAUCGAGUCUAAGGAGUCGGAUGCACAACUUGUCGCAGGCUUGUUCAGCCGCGCCGUGGCGAAGAACCUAUGCUCGCCUAACUCCUUUGAAGAAGGCUUCAUGCCGGCCGCUGAGAUCCUGGAUGACAUUGCCAUCGAUGCGCCCAAGGCCUUCGACCUCAUGACGGCGAUGAUGAAGGGUGCUCAUCUCCAUGAGGAUGAAGAACGUCGGACACGGUUGGCGAGCAAAUCGACGCAGAGCGAUAAGUUACUGGCACUUCUCUCAUAG